AAAUGGAUACCGAGCAAAAAGAAUUAAUUUUGAGUUUUUUAAUGAUGAGAGCGCAGAGAAAAAGAUCCAAUUAUAUUUGCCAGCUAUCUUCAGCCACAGAUAUUUAUAAAAGAGAUUUUCAAAAAAGACAGGCAUUAAAAAAAGUACAUAUAGCACAAAAUAGUGCGGUUCCAAAAAUAAUUUUAAAUUCCAAUGUGCCACGCCUUCGGAAUCGAAAACGCAGUGAAGAUCAUUGGACCACAUUACAAGAGGAAGGCAACGAGGAAAGAUUUUUCAAUUCGUUCCGUAUGCGAAAGCAAUCAUUUUCUCUUCUAUGUAAAAAAUUGGAACCAUAUUUAAAGAGUGAUUGCACGUCAUUUAUUUGCGCACCUCUGUCAGUUGAAAAACAAGUUGCAGUCUGUCUGUACAAAUUGGCAUCUUGUGUAGAAUAUCGAUUUGUGGGUGACGUUUUUGGCAUUCACAAAAGUACAGUCCACAAAUAUUUUCAUAUAGUUGUAAAUGCGAUAAUUCAACUGAAAAGUCAGCUAAUAAAGUUUCCACAUCUGCAGCAAGCUUUGGAAAUUGCAGACGAAUUUGAGAAAAAUCGCAUAUUCCAAACAUUAUUGGAGCAAUAGAUGAAAUCCAUUUUCCAAUACUUCCGCCAAAGGAAGAUUUUUCCGACUACAUAAACAGAAAAGGAUGGGCAUCAGUUGUAAUGCAAGGAGUUGUGGACAACAAUUAUAGGUUCACUGAUGUCAGCGUCAAACUUCCUGGAAUCACGCACGACGCCACGAUACUUAAGGAAUCCGAUCUCUACAAAAACUCGGAGCACAUGAUACCAACAUUUACAAAAUUGCAUCAUGAUAUAAAAGUACCACUGUUUUUAGUUGGAAAUCCCGCUCAUCCUCUCCUCCCAUGGCUAAUGAAGCCAUAUAUUGAAAUUCAUACCUUUGAUGAAGAAUCGUUUAAUUGUCAUUUGAGUUCGACUCAAAACGUUAUAAAAAUUACGUUUAGACGUUUAAAAGGUCGUUGGGGAUGUUUGGCUAAAAGGAUCGAUGUUAAACCAAGUUUUGUGCCACAAGUGGUUUUAGCUUGUGCAAUCUUGCACAACUUUGUUGAGGAACAGAAAGAAUCAUUUUCAGACUCCUGGGAUCUUUCUCAUCAAUGUAACAGCGAAUAUCCUCAACCUCGAGAAGAAAAUUUAACCGAUUCAUUGAGUGAAGACAAUAUUCAAGCAAAAGACAUGAGAACUGUAUUAAGAAGAUAUUUAAAGGAAAAUGUUAAGUAGCGAUUUAUGAAUCAUAAAUAAAUUUAAAUUAUUUAUGUAUAGAAAUUUUUUAAUUUAUAUGUAUACUAUCAAAUCUGGUUAUUUAAAAGAUAACUUUUGUA